AUGGCGAUCGAAGUCAUUCCACUCACAGAAGGAGAUAUUCCCGGGGCUAUUGAAGUGAUUCAGCAGGCAUUUGCGGAUGAUCCGUAUUUCAAGUGGGUGUUUGAUUCGGCCAAGUUCAAUAAAGCAAGAAAUCAUGACUCUCUAGCCGUUCGUUGCCAAUGGGGUAUCGGCAAUGCCCUUUUCCACGUCGCAAAAGAGAGCAAUAGCAGCAGCAGCAACAGCAGUGCUGCAGAAUCACCACCCCCCGUUUUGGGUGUCUCCUGUUGGCUUCCGCCUCAUUCACCUUCGGAACCGGAAAGCUGGCAUACCUGGUCACAGGGCUGGCUUCUCACUCUCCGCCAGAUGUGGAACAAUGUCCGCCAUUUCGGGCGCGGGGGUCUCAACUCGCGCCGGUAUUGGAUCUGGAAAGCUCGACAGGAGGAAGCGCAGAGUCAGAUCUGGGAUGAUCCGCGGGGCUACUAUUUCUGCAAUAUUGUGGCUGUUAGUCCGGAGGCACAGGGUAAGGGGGUAGGGAGGAAGUUGUUCGAGGCUGUCACGGAGCAGGCGGAUCGGGAGGGAGUUAAGUGUUAUCUGGAGAGUUCGAAGGGAGUGCCUAACGUGGAGAUUUAUCGGCGGAUGGGAUUUGAGAUGAGCAUGGAGAUGGAGUGUCGGGAUGGAGAGGAUGCUUGCAUGUUAUAUUGUAUGGUUCGGGAGCCAAAGAACAAGGCUUGA